ACGGUCGCUCACUCUCCAGGAGCAACAUGUGAAGAAAUCAUGGACACCGAAAGCAACGUUUAUAAGUACAAAUCUGGCAUGUAAUCACGUUUAGACAGUUUAGAUAUAACUAUCUGAACGAGUAGUGCUCUAAAAGUGAAUUAAGGCGACUCGGGGCUCAGUAGACACGCUACUUCUCGGUUGUUUUGUUGGCUUUUAGCUCGCUAACAGCAUGGACAACACACAGGAAAAUGCCAUUGAGCUCCACGGAGAUGAAGAAAUCAUCGAAGUGAUCGACCUAAACCAGGCAGAGCUUGAUCCAGAUGAUUUGGCUGAUGAAUUGGAGGACGUUGAGUUUGAAGACGCUGGAAACCCAGAGGGUGAUAACGAAGGCUGGGAGACAGAGGAUGAAAUGGAGGCUGAGGUGGAACAGGACGACAGCGAGCUCACCUUCUCCAGACACACAGGAUCGGUGUUCUGUGUGAGUUUGGACCCGGCAACAAACAGCUUGGCUGUGACAGGAGGAGAGGACGAUAAAGCCUACGUUUGGAGGGUUAGUGAUGGAGAAGUUCUGCUGGAGUGCACCGGCCACAAAGACUCUGUGACAUGUGCCAUGUUCAGCCACGACUCCUCCAUGGUGGCCUCUGGGGACAUGAGCGGCAUGAUCAAAGUCUGGAAAGUACAAACCAAAGAGGAAAUCUGGUCCUUCGAGGUGGGAGACCUGGAGUGGAUGGAGUGGCAUCCCUGCGCUCCGGUGCUGCUGGCGGGAACAAACGACGGGAGCGUGUGGAUGUGGAAGAUCCCUGGAGGAGACUGUAAAACCCUCCAGAGUCCUGCAUGUCAGGCCACCACCGGCAAAAUCCUCCCUGAUGGUAAACGCGCCGUGGUGGGUUAUGAAGAUGGAACGGUGCGAGUUUGGGACUUGAAGCACGGAAACACCACCCAUGUCAUCAAAGGUGCGGACGGACACCAGGGGGCGCUGACCUGCCUCGUGUGCAACAAGGACGGCUCCCUGGUGCUGACGGGCUCCGUGGACGGCUGCGCCAAGCUCAUCAACACCAGCACGGGCAAGAUGGUCGGGGUGUUUUCUGUGGAGGGAGGCAAAGCAAAAGGGUCGGAUCACGAGAAAGAGUCCAACUCUGUCGAGUCAGUGGGAUUCUGCAACAUCCUGCCUCUCAUUGCUGUGGCUUAUCUGGAUGGGACUCUGGCCAUAUAUGAUCUCUCAACGCAGGCGCUGAGGCACAAAUGCCACCACGGGGCGGGUAUUGUUCAUCUGCAGUGGGAGGAGUCUUCUUCUGUGGUGUCCACCUGCAGUUUAGACGGAGCUCUGCGUUUAUGGGACGCUCGUUCUGGCAACUUGGUGUCCGAGUACCACGGACACGCCGCAGAAAUCCUCGACUUUGCCGUCAACAGGGAAGCGACUUUUGCAAUAACAGCCUCAGGAGACAACCAGGCCAAAGUCUUCUGCCUCCAAAGACCCGAUCGGUAAAAGAAGAGGAGAGGAAUUACAUCAAGAUAAAGACAUUUGCUAACCAAUCUUGUCUUCUCACACUGAAGAUGAGAUUGUUCCUUUCUCUAAAGGAUUUUAAAGUGUUUUACUGUGCAGGCUUGAGUUUUUCAGAACUGCAUCAUUUGUAGAAGUUUAGGUCACUUCAAGCCCACCUUAAGGAUAAAAUGUUCCUGACUAUUUCAGUCUAAAUAUGCUGUUGUUUGAAAAUGAGACUAAACAUGGUGAAAUUCAAA